UCUCAUGCAGUAAACUACACGCGGCGGGAAAGGAAAGAGUCUUUUGAGCACGCAGUCGAUCAGUCGCCCUUUCCUCAGCCGCGAGUCCUCCGCAAAACCCUUUUUCCGAUUGUGUCAAUCUCCGAUUUCUCAACCGAUACUCUCGCCAGCGCUUUUUGUGAAGACCCAAAAUAGGCGCGCUCAAGCUGAACACAAUAUGGAUCCAGUCAAUUGGAGAACUAAAUUUCCUGCAGAGUCUCGAGAAAAAGUUGUGAACAAGAUUAUAAGUAGCUUAAUGAAGCGUUUUCCAUAUUCUGAGCACGAGAAACAUAUGUCUGAUUACAAGAGGAUAGCUGUAAAUUUCGAGGAAAAGGUUUAUAUGGUUGCCAGAGACCAGCAAGACUAUAUAAUGCGGAUCAAAUCGAGGUUGGAGUCAAAAAACUUGAAUCCAGGUGGUAAGCAAGGCCAAUCGAUUUCUGUUCAAGCCACAACUCUGUCCCAAGCACAUGAACAACAUUCAUUGCCUAAUGUUCAAGAUAACAAUGCAUCUGGUGGAGUCGUUACUAAUUUAGCAUCUGCACGGCCCACUGUCAGUAUUUCGCCUCACGUUGCUUUGCCAAACAAUGCUAGUGAAAAUUCCAAUUUGCAGAGUGUGUUUGGUAAUUCACAAAGGUCUGUAGGAAAUUUAUCAGGGUGUGGCCAACCUUUUAAUAUUUCUGUCAAUAAUUUGAGACAGGAGCAAGGGAGACAAAAUUCACCCCAGAUUGUUUCUCAGCAGAACCAUGAGCAGCUAAAUCCUCAUCUUUAUAAGCAGGUAAAGCAGGAAAAUAUCUCACCGUCAUAUAUAACCCAGAAGCAACUACAGCCGCAGCACCACUACCAACCGAAACUCUUAAACCCUACUCAGCAACACACCUCUCAAAAAUCUAUGUUGCAAACUCCUGUCAUGUGCCCUUCGGAGACACGCGUUGCUCAACUUUCUGAUAUUUGGCAGGAUCAGAUGUCUUAUUUUGAUCAGACAACACAGUCGGGGAAUAAGACUCAGUCACAGAUAGCCUUUAGGCAAACAAACCAAUCACAAGUGGCUCUGGAUAUUCAUCAAAAUGUGUCAUCAAGUUCACAGAACCCAUUAAUGCAAUCACAAAAGCAAGUACAUUUGAUAGGGAGAAAGUUGACUGCUACUAAUACGCAACAGAGCCACUUAGAUGGGCAACCAAAUGGCUGCCCUAACUUGCACCAGCAACAGCCCAGGUUACCAUGCCAACAGAAUACUGUACAACAGCAGUUUCAGGUACAGAAAAUAAAUCAUUCAAGUGCACAUCAUGAGCAAUUGAGUGAAAGAAACAAUAUGUAUGUACUGCCACAAAGCUCACAGCUGCUUGAAACAGAGUGUGCCAGCUCAGGCAUGCGCCUAUGCGAGGUUAAAAUGCAGGGGCAAACCCAACAUAAAGCUUCAGUUCUGCUGCCAAAUCAAGAUCAAGAAUCACAAGCAGAUUCUCUUGAGAGACGACUGAACUCACAAAUACAGCCACAGAAGAUGGAACAACUGCCAGAUCCAUCAGCACAAGAUCAGCAGCAAACAUAUCAAACAUCAGGCACACUAACUUCUUCAUCUGCGAGAAGGGUUUCAUGCACAGAAAACUGGCAAGAGGAUGCCUACCAGAUGCUUCAAAGUCUAAAAAGCAAGUAUUUAACACCUCUGACUGAUAUGUAUAAUACAAUAACGUGUAGGCUCCAGCAGCUCAACUCUAUCUCUCAACAGACAGAAACAGGCAGCAUUGAGAAACUUAAUUCAUUGAGGAAUAGGGUGAAUACAAUCAUUUCUAAUCUAAGUUUUCCCAAAAGCAAUAUUCCACCUUCUUACAAGGAGAGUCUGGGUUUAUUUGAGAAGUACAUUAUUUCUAUUCUUAGUGUACGUGGAAGGGGAAAUUCUGCUCCCUCACAGCAGCAUGGACAACAAUCUUCUGAUGUGCACCCUAUGCGUCAAUUCGUACAACUUCGUUCUCAAACUUCUCCAGUUCAGACACAGCAAGACGAAAAGAAGCCAACAUUUCAGCCUGUGAACUCACAGGAUUCUGCAACAAUGCAGCGGAGCAAUGCAACGAACUUGGAAAACGAUUCUAAGUCUGUAUCUGAGCACCCAACCCUGCAGCCGACUGAGAAGUAUUCAGGAAAGAUAGGCUCAUUUAACAUAGUGCAGCAGGUUUCCUCAGGAACCUUAAAUAUUCCUAGAAGCAAUCUCCAACAACCAAACAUUAAGGCCUUGUUGUCACAUAGCCCCGUGCAUGGACCACAGUCAAACGUGAAUGCUUUUGAGCCAAGCUGUAAUACACUUCAAGAGAUGUGCUUGAAACAACCUAAAGAAGAGCGAGAUGUGCAGACUCAGACCCCAAAGCAAGAACUUCAAGAUAGGCAUGAGAUGCUGCACCAAUCAGUACAACAAAAACAAAUUAUGCAACAGCAUAGUGGGAUGGUAAGGUUGCAAUCUGGAGCUUCAUUUCCUACUGCUUUGCCCAAAACUUAUGGUUCUUCCUGCUCACAAGUUCCUCGGUGUCCUACUAUUGACAAGAAAAAUCUUCCGAUGCCUCUAACAGAAGCUAGAACGACUUUCUAUCCCAUAAACUCGUGCUCUACUAAAACUUCUUGUUCGGUUCCCUUGCCUUCAUCAUCUGUCCCGGGAGAUUUAGAGAGACCUAUUUCUGAUACUUCAUCCCUAUCAAAUGCUGGAGAUGAACAAGUAAAUAUUGCAGCAAAAUCCCCAUCACCCAUUGCCAUCAGUACUCCUGGGAUAUCUGUUUCACCCUUACUUGAAGAGUCCAGUAACGUCAUUCAUUGUGAUACAUCUACAACAAUGUCUGAUGAGUUGAGAGCUUCUGAGCAGCCUAUUCAGCGCUUAAUUAAAGUGGUGAACUUGAUGUCAUCUAAAGCACUAAGUGCUUCUGUUUUGGACAUUGGCUCUGUAGUUUGUACAACUGAUAGGAUAUCAGGGUCAGCAACACUUACGGGAUCUGGAGGUUCAAUAGGUGAGGAUUUAGCGGGCAUGACCAAUUAUAGUUUGCAGAAGAGUUAUUUAACAUGGCAAGGUAUGACCUUUGGAACAAAAAAUAUGAAACGCUGCAGAAGUACAGUGCCAAUUGAUGUCGUUGCGACAGCAACUGGAAGUAUCUGUGAUAGUUCAAAGUUAAGUGAUACGGAGAUAUUUGACUUGGAGUCAACUGCAAUAUCUUAUAUCAAAAGGCCAAGGAUUGAGGUGAAUCAAACCCUGUUAGAAGAAAUUACAGCGAUCAACUACCAACUAAUAGAUACUGUACUAGAUAUCAGUGAUGAAGAUACCCCUCCGACAGUAGUCUCAGCUCAAUUUAGAGGUGGUCAAGGAACCAUUGUCCGGUGCUCCUUCAUUGCCGUGUCCCUCAGUCCCAAUCUGAAGUCACAGCAGUUUCCCAUCCAGCCUUUACGAUUGCUUGUUCCUGCAAAUUAUCCAUUGUGCUCUCCCAUAUUUCUAGACAAGCUGAGAGUGGAAGUCAGUGAUGAGCUAGAAGAUCCAUCAGAAAAGGUAAAAUCAAAGCUGAAUAUGUCUCUCCGGAGGCUGACAGAACCCUUGUCACUUGGGGAGAUAGCAAGGACGUGGGAUGUUUGUGCGCGAGCCGUUGUCUCCGAGUAUGCGCAGCAGAAUGGGGGAGGAAACUUGAGUUCCAAGUAUGGAGAGUGGGAAGACUGUCUCAAUGCUUCUUGAUUAAUCAAUUUAUAUGUCCAAAACACAGUGCUUGUUCAGAUUCUGGGCUAAUUGUACAGAUUCUGGAUAUUUUUAAUUUUAUUUAUUUUUGUUCCGGAUGUUGUAAAUUAAGUGUUGCGAAUUAUGUCACCUUACAAAACUUUGAC